AUGCCGACCAACGUCGACAUCGACCCCGCCGUGCUGGCGGCCGCCGCCGGUCAGACUGUCAUUAUCACGGGCGCAGCCGGCGGCAUCGGCGCCGCGACGGCCGUCCUUUUCAGCGAGCACGGCGCCAACGUCGUCAUUGCCGACCUGGCAAGCGCCCGCACAGCUGCGACCGAAACGCUAAUCCCGUCGCUCGCGCACCCCGAGCGCGCCGUCUUUGUGCCCGUCGACAUCUUGAACUGGGCCGACAUGCAGGCGCUGUUCAAGACGGCCGUCGCCACGUUUGGGCGCGUCGACGUGGUCGUGGCCAACGCCGGCAUCAUGGAGACGGCGCCGGUGCUCGACAUGGACGCCGUCGACGCGGCGGGCGAUCUGCUCGAGAGCCGCGAGGCGUUCCAGGUGCUGGACGUCAACAUCAAGGGGACGCUGAACACGAUCCGCCUGGGAAUCCACACGAUGCGGCGCAACGAACGGAAGCACAACGCAAAGGAUGCAGACGCAAAAGACUUGGUGGCCGGCAGCAUUGUGCUCAUCGCGUCGACGUCGGGCUACUUUGGCGGCACCAGCGUCGCCGGCUACAUCACGUCGAAGCACGGCGUCGUCGGCCUGCUGCGGUCGUGCCGCGCGACGGCCACCCAGCACGGCAUCCGCAUCAACGCCGUGGCGCCCUUCUUCACGCCCACACACAUCACGGCCAGCUACGCCGAGGCGUGGCAGGCCGCCGGGCUCGAGGCCAACACGCCCCGCGACGUGGCCGGCGUCAUCGCCCAGCAGGCGCUCAACACGCAGGUGACGGGCACCUGCGUGCUGGCGUGCGGCCGCAUCCGGCGCGAGCUGGAGACGACGCGGGCGGCGCUCGUGGGCCAGUGGAUGGGCGAGGACGUGACGGACCUGAUGGCCAGGGCGGGCCAGCUGUUUGCGGAACUGGGCGGCUAUCCCCUGCCAAAGAAGAGGGAGGCGUGA